CACAAUUAGCAACCGACAGAACCAAGAGAGAAAGAGAGAGAUGGAAGAAGAGUUGACAAACUUAAUCAAGAGCCGUUUCAACCACACUUCUUCCGGAUCUACUGGAGGAGAGUUGAGAUAUUGAGAGAGGCAAGACCUACAGCUUUAUUUGUCCGAAUUUUCUAUUCGGAAACAUGUUUGAUUCAGCCGUAUUAUUUUAUUUACACAUCAUAUAAAGUCAAAAGCCUUGGGAAAAGAAAAAACAAGAUCUAGAGAGAUGGAUGAACAACUCAAGAACUUCAUCAAGGUUUGGAUUUCAGCAACAAUCUCGAUAUCUUAUUGUUACUACAUAUCAGCAAGAAUCAAAGCUGGUGUGUUUCGAUUACUCUCUGUUCUUCCUGUUUGUGUUCUGUUUCUUGUCUUUCCUCUGUUUUUCUCCUCUGUUCACUUCUCUGGAUCCAUAGCAUUUUUCCUCUCAUGGCUUGCAAAUUUCAAACUCAUACUCUUCUCCUUCGAUCAAGGUCCUCUUUCUCCACUUCCCCUAACUCUCUCCCGUUUCAUCUGCUUCACUUGCUUCCCAAUUAAGCCACUACAAAACCCUAAAUCUCAAGAUCAGUUGCCUAAAUGGGUUUUCGCCAUUAAAGUUGCCAUGUUUGGUGCGUUGUUGCAUAUGUAUGAAUACAAGCAAUAUAUGUCUCCUUCUGUGCUAUUGGUUCUCUAUUCUCUGCAUAUAUACUUGGAGCUUGAGUUUGCUUUAAUGCUCGUUAAAGUAUUGGUCCUUAUCACUCUUGGGUGCGAUCUAGAGCCACAGUCCAAUGAACCAUACUUAGCCACCUCUCUUCAAGACUUCUGGGGUCACCGGUGGAAUCUUAUGGUCCCCGCGAUCCUCCGGCCGGCCGUUUAUACCCCGGUCCGGCGACUUGCCCAACGGAUAAUGAACUCCGAUCAGGCUUUGUUCUUGGGAGUUUUCGCAACGUUCCUGGUCUCCGGUGCGGUUCACGAGCUGAUCUUCUUCUAUAUAACGCGUGACAUGCCUACAGGGGAAGUCACUUGGUUCUUUGUGUUACAUGGAGUUUGCACGGCGGCGGAAGUGGCGGUGAAGAAGCAGAAGUUUGUGAGGCGGUGGUGGAGAGUUAGUCCGAUGGUGUCACGGCUUCUCACGGUGGGGUUUGUGGUUGGGACGAGUGGUUGGUUGUUUUUCCCUCCUCUUAUACGGAGUGGCAUGGUCGUGAGACUCGCUAACGAAGCCUUAAUGCCCAUUGAUUUCUUCAACCGCAAGUUAUUUUAUAACGCUGAAUCAUGAUUUAUGGAUUAAUGUGUUUCUUCUUCUAUAGCUGGAUUAGUAAAUCAUACUUUGGUCAGAUAAUCUACUCGUUCAUCAAAUGAUUACAAAAUCAUAAAUUGAAAGACUA